AUGUCAACUCCAGGAGACCAUGCGAUGCAGCAAGCUGACGCCGCGGCAGUGAACGGCGUGAUCAAUCAGGAAAAAAUCGCCGCCGGCGUGCGAAUGAUCAUUGAAGCGAUCGGCGACGACCCCGACCGCGAGGGGCUGAAGGACACGGCCAGCCGGGUCGCCAGGAUGUAUGGCGAGUUCUUCCAGGGGCUGCACGAAGAUCCCCGCGCCUACCUGCAGGUGGUGUUCGACGAGCAGCACGAUGAGAUGGUACUGGUGAAGGACGUGCCGUUUCACUCCAUGUGCGAGCACCAUUUGCUGCCGUUUCAUGGCCGGGUGCACGCUGCCUAUAUUCCGCGUGGCAGGGUCGUCGGGCUCAGCAAAAUUGCCCGUGUUAUCGAAGUAUUUGCGCGCCGUCCGCAGGUGCAGGAACGCAUGACGGCGCAAAUUGCCGACCUGUUGAUUGAUGAGUUGGACGCGCACGGCGUCGGCAUUGUCGUGGAAGCCUCCCACACCUGCAUGACCAUGCGCGGCGUCAAGAAACCCGGCUCGCUGAUGGUCACCUCGGCCAUGCGCGGUUCGUUCAAGACCGAUCAGGCCACCCGCAGUGAAUUCAUGUCGCUGGUCGUCAGCCGCUGA